UAAUAAACAAUAAAUUGGUCUAAAUAGGACUAAAAUAAUAAGAAAGUUCCAAAGAGGGAGUUGAUGUUCAUUUAUUCCUAAAUAGGAGUUUUUAAUUAGAUGUACCGUUUUCUCUCCCAAUUAUACCCUUGUUUAAUUCUCUUCUGCCGGAUGUAUUCACGCUCCUCUCCACCAGUCUCUCCCCUCAAAUUUCCUCUUCAUCCUCUCAUCUCUUCUCUGCAAUUUCAAUUUCUUGUCUCAAAUCCCAGCAAUUCUUCAUCUCCAACGGCGGAUCUGGUGCUAAGUUGCUCUCCUUAUUCCCUUCAUUCUUCUCUUUCUUCUUCUCUUCUUCUUCUUCCCCUUAUUCUUCUCCCUUCUUCCCCUUCUCUAAUACUUUCUUUUCAUGAGCUGGGCAGCCUUGAUUUUUUUUGUAGCGAAACUGGUGGGUGAUUACAAACUUUUUUUGCUUCAGUUUUUUUCUCAUUCCAGAUCCGUUUCAGUCUUAUCCUUUUCUUGCUUUCUCACGGGAGGUGAAGUUGGAUUUCAAUCAAACUUUUUUGCUUCAUGGCCUUAAUUUUUAAAUUGAUUUCAAUCAAUAUUUUUGUAACAUCUCAAAUUAAUAUUCUAAUCUGAAUUUGAAAUUGACAUAAUCACUAUUUGAAGUAUUUUUAUGGUAUGAACAUGAAAAUAUUACUUCUUCGCAAAUACAAUAUUACUUCUUUGCGGGCAAACCUAAUGCUUGUUUUCCAUCUGCAAUAUAUUUUAGGCAUAUAGUGGCAUCUGAAAUAUAUUUUAGUAUAUAAUGCCAUUUUUAUAAAACGAGGAUGACAAAUACAAUACUAUUAAUGUCACUUUAUUUUCCCACAUAAUGCCAUUUAUAUGGCACUAACUCAUUAAGAUGACAACAUUAUCCUUGUAUAUGCACUAUUUAUAAUACAUUAAUGCAGUAUUGGCUUUACAUUUUUCUGGAAUUUUUCUAGUAUCAUUUGAAGAUUGCAAUAUUACUCCUAGAAUACAAGAACUUUAGUGUCAUAUUUUUUGUUGGUAUGGCAUUAAUGUAACAAAGAUGACAAUACUUCUCAUUUGAUAGCACAUUAAUGCCAUGUUUUUUAAUUAAAAAUGUCAUCUUAUUUCUAUCAGGAUGCCAAUAAUACCAUUAAGAUGGCAUUACAACUGUAAGAUGGCAAUUGACUGGUAGUCAUACCAGAUUCAAAAUCAGAUAUGAGAUCUACAGUGGUGGUGUAGGCGACGGUGCCAGAGGUCGCACUACUCACAACGGUGAGAGAUGGCCAUGGCAUUUUAAAAUAUAUGUUUCCAGGUUUGAGAUUCACAAUGGUGGAGCUAAAAGUGGUGGUGCUGGACAAGGUGGCGCCGUGGCGGUGACACAAGAUCUGACGGCGGUGGACAUGGCUGCGUCCGACCGGCGGCGGUGGACAUGAAGGCGUCCAGCCGGCUGCGAAGGUGAUUGGAGGAACUGAUAUGGCGCCUGCGGCGACUACGAUGGAGAUGGUGGCGGCGGCGUCCAGCAGCGGCGAUAGGUGACGGCUGUGGGUGGUGUCGGCGGCAACUUUAGUGGUGGUAGUCUGCGCAGGAGUACUAUGCAAUCAAUUGUUACAUCGCGUACAGAGCUUUGGAUUAUUCUAUUUUUCAUUUUUAACAAAUAAAAAUAAACAUUUCAUUAAGGAUAGUUUUGUCCACUCAUCUCUUUUUACUCCUAUGGAAUCAUACGUAACUUUGUAGUUCUAAUUUUGCACUUUUGUCAUAUUUUAGUCCUAGACAGGGAAUUUACUCUUUAAUAAACACGAAGUAUAUCCAUAAAACGUAAAGCACUACACAAUAGUAC